CCUCGGAAAUACUUUUGGCGUCAGAGCCGAAAGCUAGAGAUGUGCUAAGCGGUAUCAAUCGCAAGGUGGGCUUCGCUCGUGUAUAUACCUACUCGACCGGUGCCCGCAGUAGCACCAGGCGAGCUCGCUAUAUAACAAAGAUCGCGCUCGCUUCGAUCUGCCCCCAAGUCGCUAUAUAUACGUUUUCAGGCUCAUCAGUCAGUCAGGCCGCGAUACCGCAGUGCAGCGCGCACGUACCCCGUCGUCGGUGCAUAAGACAAGAACUUUGUCUGGAUCUCGGAUCGAGAGCGCAGCAGAUGCAUGUAAAAGCGCCUUGGGCAACAGCCGUCCUCGCCGCCGCCGCCGUCCAACAGAAUUUUUCUUUAAUUCGGAACAUCGUAUUUUUUCCACGCGCCAGUACGGUCAAUCGAAAUCAUGUACAGUGCAUUUAUUAAAUUGAAGAGUGUAAUUUUGAUGAUUAGCUGCUUCACUCUACAGCUUUCCAAAAAAGUAGAAGUUUCGGCACAUGGGCGCCUUAUGGAUCCACCAGCAAGGAACAGCAUGUGGCGUUUUGGCUUUCCUAAUCCAGUCAACUACAACGAUAAUGAACUUUAUUGUGGAGGCUAUGCAGUUCAAUGGCAUCAGAACGAAGGAAAAUGUGGUAGUUGUGGAGAUGCUUAUCAUCUACCACGGCCUAGACCUCAUGAAGCUGGUGGAGAAUUUGCCAAAGGAACGAUUACGAGACAUUAUCAAGUGGGACAGGAUAUUGAUGUAGAAGUAGAAUUAACAUCAAAUCAUCAAGGUUAUUUUGAAAUGUUCAUUUGUCCAAACAAUAAUCCAGCUUCAGAUCCAUCAGAUGCUUGCUUCGAAAAGUACAAUUUAUAUUUGACGGGUACAAACGAAACACGAUUUAUCAUUCCCGAUGACUCAGAAAAGAAGGCAAUAUUUCGUUAUAAAGUUUCACUACCACCUUAUCUUACUUGUUCACAAUGUAUUAUCCAAUGGAAUUACAUAACGGCCAACAUGUGGGGUACUUGCGAAAAUGGCACCGAAGCGGUAGGUUGUGGCUUGUCUGAAACUUUCCGUAACUGCGCGGAUGUCAGCAUCAUUACCAGCGCGGCUGGAUUGCCACCGAUUUUCGUUCAACAAGAUAAUCCCUUUUUAUUAUACUACAGAGAUCAACGCACUCCCAACAUUCACCCUCUCAUUAUUAGGUCCCAAGUGUGUCAGCCAAACGAGCGUUACAGUCGUAUUCCAGGCAUGGAUUUGUGGUGCCAGACCAAUUGUCUUCGAUAUCCACCAAAUUGUCCAACUUCAAUUUGUGGUUGUCCGGAAAUUUGCGAACCUAUUGGCGACAUUGCUGGCAAGGAAGGCGCAGCCGAGUACUGCUUAGAUCGAUGCUUGGUCUAUCCAAGCAAGUGUCCGAAAAGCCGCUGUCGUUGUUACUAAUGGUCACCAGAGCUAUGAUGAACUCAAAUUAAUUAUCAAUAAAAUAAUUUUAAUUUAUCCAAUAAAUAAGUCAAGUUUGAUCCUUUAAUAGGCUAUUUGAAUGUUGUAGUUUUAUUUAUGAUCAAAAAAAUACGCUUUUUGUUGAAUGGCACUAUUGUUUAUUUCAGGAAAAACUAUUUGACAGUAUAUAUUAUUUGAAACAAUUUUUCAGUAUUCCAACGUAAUAUAUAUAUAUAUAUUUAUUUAUUCAUAUAUUUUUAUUCGUUUCGGUAAUACUUUUAAAACUUUUCUAGCUGAAGUACUUAAACAUGGCUCUUGUUUAUUUACAGCAGGUAUUGCUAUAAGUUAGUAGUAUAUUUUCUAAUAUAUAUUAAUUUUAUGACAUCCAUACAAUAUCAUUUUAUAGUUUUUUUGAUUCUUCUGCAUAUACUCAUGUAUGCUUAACUGUGUGCGUGUAUGUGUGUAUAUGUGCGCGCAGGUACGUCAACUAAGCUGGCACAUGGCAAAACGCAAAUAUAUAUCAUUAUAUAUACCUUCAAUCACUUAUAACAUUUUAGAAAACUAUAUACACUCAAGUUUGUUAAACUCUACUGCGAAGCUAGUUAUUCUUAAUCAUAAAAACAUUUUUCUAACUAAACAUAAUUAAUUUUCCAAUAUAACUGAUUCGUCGAUGCGAAGUCGUAAUAGUCAAUAUAACUCCUUCCAGAGUUACAUUUAAUUUGAAAUAUAAACAAUUUUUGAUAACUCAAGUUUUUCUGUUUUUGUCAACAUGUUGUUUUAACGAUUGAAAUUACCAUAAAAAAUAAUGAGACUUAUUUAAUAGAGUCUUUGUAGAGGUACUAAUAAUUAAUUGAUCAUACUUGCGCAUCUAAUAAUUAUAAUUGAAUUUUACGUAUUAUUAUACAUUUGACAAAGUAUUUUUAUACUUAUUUAUUUGAAUAAGAUAAAAAUACUCAAUAAUAUUUACAGACAUUGUCUGAGAGUUUUUACUGGUUUAACUUAUUCAGCUAAAACAAAUUUUCAAACUUAUUCACAAUUGAUUAUUUUAAUUCACUAUUCAUUAAUCUAUCGACGUUCAUUAUACAUAAAUUAUUCUAUUAACUAUCAAGUCUUUCGUACCAUCAUUACAAAAAUUAAAUGACAUUUAAGAAUUUGCCACUGUUGUAAGCUUCAAGAUUAUGUCAGGUAGUUCUUUUAUUGGAAUAAUAUAAUGUUGUAGACAAUGCAUGCUUGUUUUGAAUUAAUCACUUGCCAUUAUCGCAUAUGAUAAUAUACAACGAAUUUUGAAUUAUAUUUCGUUUGUCAUUUUAUCGUGAAACACACAAACUUCUUCAGUCUAUUUUUAUUUUAUGGGUUGCUGAAUUUUUCUUGCUUUGUUUUCUAAAAACUAUUGCAGUUAAUAUCGGGUUAUUAUUUUUUUGUCAAGUUCUGAACAAUUAACUAAAACACUAAUUCAUUAUAAAUGGAUACAUAUCCAGCUAUCUUUUCAUAAUAACUGGCAUCAAAGAGACUUUCACAAACCGUAAUUGGCUAAGACUCUCAAGAUCGUUAUUUUUUCCUUAUUUUCACCGCAGGCCCUACGCGUAUCUGGACGAAUUCUAAUUGAAUAUAUUUGACUCAAAGUAAACUUAUUUAUGUCUUCUAGAAAAGUUCAAAUUUUAUGGGAAAUAUAUGAUUCUAUGUAAUUCGUUUUUAUUCUUAAUAUUGAUUUGUAUAUAAUACAAUUAUGAAAUAAAAUGUUUUAGACAAUUAAGGCAGUAGUAUCUAUCUUGUAGCUAAAUAAAAAUAUACAUUUAUAUAUUUUAUAUUUUAGUAAUUUAAAUAUGAAAAAUUGCAGACAACAGAUAAAUCGAGUUCAAACAGAAUAAAAUUUCAUUUUUCCCUUCAAAUAAAAAAAUUCAAAAAUAUUUUCACUAAUUUUGUUAUUAGUUUUAUAAUAAAAAUACUGACUAAAUAGUUUUCUUGUACGCUCACUUUUCCUUGUUUGUGUGAUAAAUAGGUUUUAAAAUAUGUAACAAAUUAUUUUCAGUCUCUUUUAACAAAUAUCACCAAAAAUAUCAACCUAAUAAAAAAAUCUGCUGUCCAGAGAUAGUAAAACUUCUUGAAAUUAAACGUUCAAAAUUAAAUUUUGAUUUCUAACAUUGAUAGAUUUAUUACUAAAAUAAUGUAUUUUCAAAUUGUUUAGUAGAAGUCUCUGAAAGUGGAUUUGAAAUUUUUAUUUUUACUGAGUACUUCGGGAUUCUCUUACAACAAUUAGUUAUUAUUCAUAAAGUACGUAAUUUCCAAACUACAAAUUAUACAUUUUUUCCGAAAAUUAUUGCAUAUUAAGGUAUGUAAUAUUAUCUUGUAUUUCAUUAUCACAUGGUCACAACAUUUUUACGAGAUUAAUGAUGGAUCAAUCAAUUAUUAUAUUGAUCAAUUUUAAUGAAAUAAAUCUCAAACAAUUGUAUUUUCGAUAAAUUUUGUAAGAUUGUAAGUAAAACGAAAACACAGAAUUCAUUUAAAAACAAAUA